GAAUUGUUUUCACUGUUUGCUUUUAGAACAAAUUCUGUACAACAUAAAACAGGAGUACAAACGCAUGCAGAAGAGGAGACACUUAGAAAAUAGCUUCCAGCAGACAGAUCCAUGUUGUUCUACUGAUGCACAGCCACAUGCAUUUCUUCUUACUGGACCAGCUUUGCCAGGUACUUCAUCUGCAGCAUCAUCACCAUUGAAAAAAGAACAGCCCUUGUUUACUCUCAGACAAGUUGGAAUGAUAUGUGAACGUUUGCUGAAAGAGCGUGAAGAGAAAAUCCGUGAAGAGUAUGAAGAAAUCUUGACCACAAAACUUGCAGAACAAUACGACGCGUUUGUGAAGUUCACGCAUGAUCAAAUCAUGCGACGAUAUGGAGAACAGCCUGCUAGUUAUGUUUCAUGAAUCAUGUUUUCUGCAUACGUGGGCUGCCCUAUCCACCCCAUUUAAUUGCUGUAAGCUGUCCCAGUAAAAACUUGCAGCAAUGCCAUAUUUCCCCCAUCCCCACCCCACCCCCUGUGAACACAGGUUAUUUCAAGCUUUUGUCAGUGGCAACCACUCUUAUGCAGCAACUGGUUUUGGAGUGCUCCCUGAUGUCAGUACCACCUGGAUGUGGACCUUUGCUACCUGUAAUAAUACCAGUGGCCUCAUUUGCUGUAUCAUUAAAAUUUGGCUUCUUAUGUUAAUAAGUUUGAAAAAGUAAAGGAUUAAAGCUGGUGUUCUAGAACUUGCCCUUCACUGGUUGUGUAAAUAAAAAUGUAGAAUGACACUUCUGACUGAAGUUAGUGUGGUUUUCAUAACUGUGCACUACAACCAAGCUGUAAUCACAGUUAAAUUAGAAUGUAAUCCCAGGACAAUUUUAAGCAAAUAGCCCACAGUACUGCCUGUGAAAUAGUGAAGGAGGGCAUUUCUGUAUUCCAUGACUUUUUUGGGGGUUAAGAAUGGGUUUAUAUGAUUUCUCAUUUUUGUAGUUUUUAUUUAUUCUAUCCGUCUUUAACAAAUGUUUAUUGCUGCAAUUUUUCAGUGUAUCAUUGUUUUACUGCCCUUGUAGUACUGGAAUUUAGUUGGAUGAAUAAAACAUUUACUUCUAA